AUGGAAGUGUACACGGACACAAUCGCUGCAGCUAUUCAUGUCAUCGGCGAAGACAAUCUUCUCAACAUUUUCACUAGACUUCCGGAAACCUCCUUCGCCUCCGCCGCUUGCGUCAGCCGCUCUUGGAACCUCUUUUGCGAACGCCUCCUCUCUCGUCCGAAACUCGCCUCCGCUUGUUCCUUCAAUCAUUCUCUCAAGGCUGCUGUAAAAGAGGUAGUGAAUAAAGUACUAUCGGAGCCUAUUCGUCUUCACUUUGCCAUCGCUUCGAUUGCUACUUUUUACGAACCGGAACCGGACAUUUACGACGACGAUGUAUUUUCUGAAUACGCUGUGGAAAAGGCUCGCGAUCUCAUUACUGAAGCACUAGGCGCUCAUGUUCCUAUCAUUGUUAAUUGUUCCUCGGAAACAAUCGGAAGAGAUGCAGUUUCAGAUGAAUUUAAAGAGAGUCAGCCUAAUCUUGGAGAGGAUGGUGAUUCAAUAUUGUUGAUUGUUGGAUUUCUACCAGGGCUGAAAGUCACAACAAUCCCACUUCUAAAGCAGAUUCAGCAAUCUUUGCUAUCUUCUAGGGUAUUGCAGCUUUUGCAGGUACCAGAAGCUUUCAUGAUUCACGAAUUCGUAACAAACAUCAGGGAGUUCUCAACUUCUGUUUCAGGACGUAACUCCCCUGCCGCCAUAAUAAUGUUCGCUAACUACUACAGUAGAGGCAUGAUGGGUGUUGUGGAAAAGAUGGGUUAUGCGAUGUCACCAGAAACCGUCAUUGUUGGUGAUCCAUCAUGUGAGUUUCGAUAUUCCAACGAUACUCAUGGUAUUUCUGCUGCUGUUGCUUUGGUAUUUGCGGUGGACAGGAAUAAACCUUCUGGUAUAGGAGAAACUCAAUUUCAUGUUGUGUUAUCAAGCGGAUUGUCACCUGUAGGCCCCACAUACAAGGCAACGUCCGUUAUUAAGAGAAACAUGUUGACAUUUACGAUCACUGCAAGAAGAGAAGGGUCGCGAGAGAAUAUUGAUGGUGAAACUAUUCUGAAUCAAGUUUAUGAUGAAGUAUGUUACUCUUUAUCUUUAGGGAAAAAUUACAAGUUUUGUCCUUUAUCUUAA